AUUGGUCUGCAACAUCCAUCAUGCACGUGUACGCGUCCUUGUUGCCAGAGCAUGUGCGCAGUAAAGUGGAUGCUCAAGAGCAGUUCCUGUUGCGUGACAUCCAAGAAUUCCACACGCUGUUGCAAGGAGGUCACUUCGACAAGUUGGCGGGGCACCACUUCCGCACCGUGGAAACGUAUUUCAAGCUCAAGUACACGCUGCCGCAUGCGCUGUCCGUGAGCCUCAGCCAUGGACUAAUACAGUACGUGUUUUCGUUCCGUCCAGCCUUGGAGAAGCGCGUGAAGGCGUUGAACACCAUCAUGUUGGUGCUCAAGAAGACGCGGAAAGCGUUCUCGGACGCUUCCGAGCAAGCCAAGGUCGAUUGGCAUACUCCCUUGGAUGAAUGGGAAGCCAACUUUUACGCCUCUCCAUUGCCGCUCCACAACGCGGCCGACGAGUACGUUUCCCAGUACAAGGCGGCACUGCUCAAGUUCCUCGCCAAAGCGCGUCCACACUACGCACUCGAUGCGUCGCUCUGGACACACCUGAGUGCUGAUUUUGCGCGCCCGAACGAAGAAGCGAGCUUGAAAGCUGCCGCGCAGCUGUCGUUGCUCUGGCCUGCCGGCGCCGACGCGUCGGCGCUCGUCGGCCCCUGGAUCACGCUGUGGGGGAGCGUCAAUUCGUUCUCGGAAUGGGACUUCCACUGGCUGCGGCUGUUUGCGCGCGUUGUGAAGCACCAGCAGCGCCGCGAGACGUUCGACAUCUCCCAGUGGGCGCCGCACUUGGAGUUUAUACUGUCCAAGAUCCAGCAAGCGUUCAACCUCCCGUCCGACUUGGGCGCGACGCCAUCCAAAGGGAAAUUUCCCACCGUCUUGGGUGGGUGGCACGGGGACAAAUCCUCAUUGUACUACGCAUCCAAGUUGACUGUCGAGUUGCUUGAGGCAUCGCAAACCACCCACACGUUGCUCCAGCAGUUGCUCAGCCUACUCACCCCGUUCUACCACCCGUCGAGCGCCGGCAACGCCGCCAGCGCCAUCUCCGACUUUGUCUACUAUGUAUCUGCGUUCCUCUCGCUCCGCCUUGGACGCGAUAAGGCACUCCAUCGAUCCCUGCUUCCCCAUACAUCGCUUGUAACAAAACUCGUCGACCUGAGCUUCCUUGGCUUGUACGCCAAGAGCCAAAGCGUGUCUUCGAAAGCCAGCUUUACCCUGCGCAACGCCAUCGCCAUCCUGCCGUCCGCGGCGCCGUCCAUCGUGGAGAGAAUCCUUCAUGGACUCGAUCCGUCCGCGGUCAACCAGACCCACCAAGCACCCAGCGCCAUCUCGGCACUCACCGUGUGCGGCCCCGCGCUUCUCCGCGGCGACCUCUCAUGGACAGACCCGUACCUGCCGCUGAUUCUGCAGUGGACGCUCCCGGGCAUCGACCCGAAUGAUGACGCCAAGACGAGUCGGACGCUGCAGCUGUACAGCGUGUGGCUCAUGUACAUGCCGGUGGCGGACGACACGUGGCGUCCUGCGCGGGCGUCGAGUGACGUGGCAGCGGCGCUGACAAGUGCCGCGAACGCCCAGCUGUAUGCCCCACGACCCACCGCCUCUCCCGCCUCCGUCGACGCGUUGUGGCGCCUUGGGUCGAGUCUCGAGACAUGGGUACUAGUGCUACUGGACCGAUUGUUUUCGCUGUUUCGCCAGCAGGAAACCGAGUCGAGCAGUGCCAACGGUGACAAGGGCGGCGAUACGUUUCAGAUUGCACUGCAUACGCAAUUGGUGCUGCAUCAGUUGUUUGUGCAGCUGUCGCCGCCGCUGUACAAGCUAGCGCUGCAGCGCGUCGUCGAUUUUGUACAGUCGUCAUCGAUGGGCCUUGUUCCUGGCAAGGCCGUCGCCGGCCUCGUGCGCGCCGCCUCGGGCCCGGAUCCGGAGCUCGCGAUUCAAAAGCUGCUGCUGCCGGCAGCCGCCGCGGUUGUCCACCCGACGACGACCCCCGGGGACGCGCACCUACUCAGCCACCUCCGAGUCGUGGACGGCGUCGUCCAACGCGCCACCGGCACAUCCUUGGUACCCCACAGCGCGCUGCUUCGCCGCGUGUUGGCGGUUGCAACCGGCCACCGCAACCCAAAGGUGGUCAAAGUGGGCUGCAAAAUCCUGCGGCACACACUGACUCGGCUCACGAGUACGUACCAGCCGGACCAUUCGCGGUCGCUGCCGCCCGCCGCGUGGACGGACGGCGUCGAGUGCGGCGGGUUGUCGAGUUUGUAUAUUGGCGUGACCAGUUCAUGGGGCGAUGUGGGCCUGGUGUGGCAUGAACCGUCCGAGGCCGAGCUCUUGUUUGCCGCCGACUUGCUCGAUGUGUUUGUCGUGGAGGCGGGUACCGCGUUGCUAGUUGGGACACCGGAUGACACCAACUCGACCAUGACAUGGCGCACAGCGUUGCGGGGUAUUUUGCACGCCGUCCGCGGGGCCAAAGGCAUCUUGUGGGAUCGCCUUGUUGUUAAAACUAAGACUACAUCGGAUGGCCCUUCGCCGAUGCUGAUGCAACCGAUCGAAGCCAUCGAGUCGACGUUGGCGCGUCACCCCGCAGUGAUCGACUCGCUCUUGGCGCUGCGUGUAAACCUGCUACAGACCCUCCACCGCGUCGCAGCGAUUUGGACCGAUGCGUCGAUGGUGGUAGAAGACCCGCGCCGGACCAAGGGUCUGCGCUACAUUGUCCGCAUCCUGUCGCCGCUGCUGCAUCCGCGCGACGCCGCCCCGCCAGCCAAUACCCACCUGUAUGCAAAAUGGCGCAAACUGAGCGCGCGGGACGUGGCGUCGGCCGCGCUCCAUCUCAAGAAACCCAAAACGCUGGCGUCGAUUCCGCUGUGGCCGCGGCGGAUGAUGCAAGACCGCGUGCAGGUGCUGUGUUCGGCCCUCUUGACCACAGGAAGCUUCGAGUGGAGUCGCGCGAUCCGAUCGCAUCCCGACUGGUUUGCCACGCCGGAUCUGUACGCCGACGUGGUGGUCGGUAGCUUGAACGACCUGCUGACCCUCGCCCUUGCCGACGACUCCAAGACCCGCCAGGUGGCCCAAGCAGCCCUCGAUGGCGGCGUGCUCGCGCGGUACAGUCCGUGGCUCGAGGCACGGCUGCCGUUCCUCAUACAAGUGGUGCACACAUCAACCAACAAGGACCAGGUGACGGGGGCGCUGCAUGUUCUGCAGCUGGGGCGGUCGCUGCACACGGUGUGGCGGCGCUGGAGUGUCAUGCAGCAGCUCCUGGUCGCACUGUGUCAUGCGAGCGAGCCGAAACUUCGCCAGUGGAGCCCCGACGACCAGAUCAAGACGCAAACCCGCGCGCUAAAAGUGUUUUUCCUGGUUCUGCACACGCGGCGCGACGCCGCGGACGCCCGGACCGUCGGCAUCGAGCCAUUGGUCUCGCUCGAGAUGCAACAGUCGCACUGGCGCCAUCAGCUCAUGCACUUGGCCUGCUUAUUGCCGUGGAUUCGCCAAGACAAGACGGCCGACGUGAAUCGGCGCCUGAUUUGGCCCGUGGUGCUCGGGGCUGUGCGGAGCGACGUGCCGCAGCUGCAGCACUUUGGACGGAUUUUACUCUCGCGCCUGUUGAAAGCAACGACGAUAGGACAAGGCGAGCCCGUGCCCGAGCUCGUGUUUGCCCCCGAUACGUUGCAGGCGCUGGCUAAGGACAUGGUUGCCAACCACAAGAGUGUUACCGCCGACGGACACGCUGACACGGCGCGGUGGUCGCUUGGCGUCGGCGAACUGUUUGAACUGGUGCAACACGAGCGGUUUCCGCCCUUAUAUGCGACAUCGUUUGGCCAGCUGGCCAAGGACAAUAUCCUUCGCCAUCAUGUGAUGCUGGUGCAGCGACUGGCGCGACAUGCCGCGGCCCAAGGCAUCGACCUCGCGGCGCGGUGGCCCCUCGACACACUCGUGGCGAACACGUCCGACGAACGCCGCGCGGCGCUGUGCACGGCCGGCGAGAUCCUCGUGGGAUUGGCCACGUCAUCGACUUCUUCGUUUGGGCUCGGGUGGCUGCAGACGAUUCUGCCUAAACUGAGCGUUCCGUACGCGACCGACUGGCACGACGUGGUGCUGCUGCUCACACAUCACGUUCCGACGUUGCCAUGGGUACCCGAUCUCAUCGAGUACGUGCUGAGUCAGGUGGAGGUGUCGUUUCAGUCGGGGGAUGCCGCCGACGGGAACUCGACGGAUGGCGUCGGCCAAGUGCGGUGGUUGAUGCUGGUGCAGCCGCUGCUGCUACUCCCGCCCGCACUGGCGACGCCCAGUGUGCUCGCGCGCAUGUGGACGGUCGCGGCUGCGGGCCUCUCGCACCCGUACGAGUCGGUUAGAGAACAAGUCGGCGCGGUGCUGUACAAGCUCGUACUUGCUUCUACUUCUUCCAUGUUGGAAAAGCUCGUCCAGGGGAUGACGGAUGGGGUGGCGGCGGCGACGGGCGUCGUGGAGCCUGCCGAACUGAAUGCGCGCAAGACGCUGCUCCAUGUGAUAGCCACGUACAUCCACAAGGGCGACUCGGCGCACGUGUCCGCCGCCGUCCUCCCGUUGCUGUCGGUCGUGUUGGACACGCAGUCGUACCCGGAUCCGGACGUAGCGCGAUCGGCGCGCGCGGUAGUGGACGCGCUUGCCAAUAAACUCCGCGUCCAACACGAAGACACGUUUACGGCGGUGCUGACGGGACUCGAGGCCGCUUUGGUGGCGUCGUGGCGUACGCGGGGGGCUGCGCUCCGGUUCAUCACGGUGCUCAACUUUCACCAUGGACUGCGGCGCUGGUCUAAGCCGCGGCUCCAGCGGCUGAUCGUGUCCUGCUUGGCGGACGACAAGCGCGACGUUCAGGAGACUGCGCAGUACGCCCUCCGGAGCUUCGUCCGGACGCUGGACGACGAGGACGUCGCCUCCCUCGCGACGACGUUCCGCGAAUCGGUGGCGGCGGCGCGCAAAGCCCGCGCGACCAAACAAAAGCAGCUCAAGCGGCACCGCAUCCUCGUAGCCCGCCGCGGCCCCGACUGGGAAGUCUCGGCCAAGGCACUCGAGGCGCUGGAAGGAGCCACUGACGAGAUGGCCAUGGAUGCGCGCACGGUGGACGGGUGCUACGGCAUGGGCGCACUCGUGCUGGCGUACCCGUACUCGGUGCCGGCGUUCGUACCCGCGGUGGUGGAGGAGCUGUCGCUGCACCUGCAUGUGACCGGCAAGGGCCGCCUCUCCAAUGUGCCCGAGAUGGUCAAGGCGGUGCUGCUCGAGUUCAAGCGUACACACCAAGACAGCUGGCACCAAGACAAGCUCGCGUUUACACCGUCGCAGCUCGAUGCGAUCCAAGACAGCUUGAUCUCGCCGCAUUAUUAUUCGUAGGAAAAUAUUAUAAUAGAAAACGUGGUACUACCGUAUA